AUGGGUGAACUUAAUCGUGCCAAGCUUGGAAUGGUCCGAAUAAAAACCCAUCUGGACCCGAAAGUAGCCGGCCCAAUCACUAACUCUCGGCCUGCCCUCGGGGACCAAGUCGCAAGGAUUCCCGCCACUCCAAAUGGGACAAGUGGGAAACCGAUUUUAUGGACCGCCAGUUCUUCGAAUGAUUGGGCAAACAUCACCGUUGUCGAUGGGACAACCUCUAAUUCUCUCGCUUAUAGUUUCGCUAUCGUCGCUGAUUCCGAUCGUUCCGAUGAGCAAGAUAGGACUGCCACAACAGUUUGGGACAUCGUGAUUGGUCGACAUUCUCCAAUUUCUGGCGUCAAUCGCGAGGGAUACUCUGGAAGUGAUCUUCAUGGUGUGACUGCCAAAGUAGUGGACAUGUCUCAUAUCUGUCAGAUGAUACCAAACUCUGUAAAAAUCAAUAAGAUAUGGGGAACGGGCACCUAGAUGCAGCCAUAGAGCCUUUUUGUGGCUAUCUCUUAAGCUAAACAUUAUCCACUUCAAUCACAUAUCUAAAACUAUUUUGGAACUUUUUAGCUAAAUGAAAAUACCGUUGACUA